UAGUUUAUUACUUAAUUCACACUAAUCCACGCACAAGAAACUUCAGAUAAGCUUCACCUUUUUUAACCCUGCCAACAUUUUGCAUUACAUACUAACGGCUACCCCCAGCGUGCUCUCUCACAGGGGCUUCAUCAGGUCAAACUCAUCACGCAGGCACGCAGGUCUGUUUCACCAUUUAGAGGUCCUUGUGGAAAAAUUGUGGGACUUGAACCAAUUAGAUAACACACGUACACACACGCACAUACGCCAUUGCCUUGUCAGCUAACCCCCUCUAGUGCCGAGCACCCUGCACAGAUGCGCACAGUCUCCCGCUGUAGCCGCUGCUUCAGUUUCUCCUCGGCUGCAUCCCAGUCAUUUCUCUAUUCGCCGUCCUCAUCUCGGAGCUACAGCGGACCGCACUGAAGACUGAGGGCUGCUUAGUCCGAGACACGCUGCCGUGCUUGCAACAGGAUUUCUUAAGUCUGUCACGACUCUGUGCGCUACGGAGACCCACUAGACUGAUAAGGACAUUUCAAUCUCAAACACAACGCGGUAUCGGCGAGUGAAGUCCAUGGGUCAUCUAAAAGUUAUUAGGAGCUAAGCGUUGUUCACCUUGUCUCAAAUUUUUAUUUCAUUUAAGAUAUUUUUGCGACUUUGGGCAGAAUCUGUCCGUUACGCGCCACCGCCGACGUUCCCUUGAAGUAAAGGAUGGAUGUCCUGUUGUUCCGUCACCCGGCAGUUCUCAUCAUCUGGGACCAAAUGUAAGGACCAGGACUAGUGUACCGGUGUUUGUGUAGAGAUCCAGCCGCGCUUUUCUCUGACCAGGUUACCUCUCGGCUAGAUGUAACUGAGACAAGGCUAGAUGUUGCCGCAGACAUGAGUUUUGGAAACAGAUUUUUCCUCGUUUCACUCUUUCUUGGAAUUGUCCUCACUCGCUUCAGCCGUUGCAACCAAGUUGUGCUGCUGGAUACGACAUCUGUGCUUGGAGAGCUUGGCUGGAAGACGUAUCCUAUAAAUGGGUGGGACGCCAUCACGGAGAUGGAUGAGCACAACCGGCCCAUCCACACUUUUCAGGUUUGCAAUGUGAUGGAGCCUAAUCAGAACAACUGGCUUCGCUCCAACUGGAUCUCUCGACAGGCUGCCCAGAAGAUCUAUGUGGAGCUUCGCUUCACCCUGCGUGACUGUAACUCCAUCCCCUGGGUGUCUGGCACCUGCAAGGAGACGUUCAACCUCUUCUACCAUGAGACUGACGAGGCUCACAGUGUAAAAUUCAAGCCCCCAGAGUAUACCAAGAUUGACACCAUCGCUGCAGAUGAGAGCUUCACUCAGAUGGACCUUGGAGAUCGCAUCCUCAAACUCAACACGGAGGUGCGCGAAGUGGGGCCCAUGACCAGGAAGGGCUUCUACCUGGCAUUCCAGGACAUUGGUGCCUGCAUUGCUUUGGUUUCAGUGAGGGUUUACUAUAAGAAGUGUCCGUUCACGCUGAGGAACCUGGCCUCGUUUCCAGACACAGUGCCUCGUGUGGACUCUUCCUCACUGGUGGAGGUGAGGGGAGCGUGUAUUGACCAUGCUGAAGAAAGAGACACACCCAAACUUUUCUGUGGAGCUGAUGGGGACUGGUUAGUUCCCUUGGGAAGAUGUGUUUGCAGCGUUGGGUAUGAGGAGAUCGAUGGCUCUUGUGGCGCAUGCCCCCCAGGCUUCUACAAGGCAUAUGCAGGAAACAUCAAGUGUUCAAAGUGCCCUCCACAUAGUUUCAGCUAUGGAGAAGGUGCUGCUGUCUGCCGCUGUGAGAAGGGCUUCUUCAGGGCUGAGAAAGAUCCCCCAACUAUGGCUUGUACACGGCCUCCAUCUCCUCCACGCAACUUGAUGUUUAACCUAAAUGACACCUGUCUGAUGCUGGAGUGGUCCCCACCCAGUGACACCGGAGGCCGUCGUGAUCUCACUUACAACGUCCAGUGCAAACGCUGUGGCCCUGAGCCCGACCAGUGCCAGCUCUGUGAGGAGGACCUUCGUUUCCUGCCCAGACCAUUAGGCCUGACCAACGCCACUGUCACAGUCAUGGACUUCUCAGCACACGCCAACUACACCUUUGAGAUUGAGUCCCUCAAUGGCGUGUCAGACAUGAGCUCCUUCCCUCGUCAGGUGGCCAUGAUCACCGUCAGCACUGAUCAGGGUGGUCCAUCUCUGGUUGGGGCUGUCAAGAAGGACUGGGCCUCUCCAAACAGCAUUGCUCUCUCAUGGCAGCAACCUGAACAAACAACACUCCCCAUCCUCGAUUACGAGAUCAAAUAUUAUGAGAAGGAGCACGAGCAGCUGAGCUACUCAUCGACGCGCACCAAAGCUCCGAGUGUGAUCAUCUCAGGUUUGAAACCAGCAACCUGGUACAUCUUCAGUGUACGAUCUCGCACGGCUGCUGGAUACAGCUCCUACUCCCCUAAAUACGAAUACGAAAGUACAGGAGACUCGUCAGACAUUGCUUCCGACCAAGGCCAGGUGUUGGUCAUCGUCACUGCAGCGGUCGGUGGCUUUACCCUCCUCGUCAUCCUCACCCUCUUCCUCCUGAUCACCGGCAGGUGUCAGUGGUACUUUAAGGCCAAGAUGACUUCAGAGGAGAAAAGGAGGACCAAUUAUCAGAACGGACACGUCCCUUUCCCAGGAAUAAAGACCUAUGUGGACCCCGAUACAUAUGAAGACCCCACACAGGCUGUCCACGAGUUCACCAAAGAGAUUGACCCAUCCAGGAUCCGCAUCGAGAGGGUGAUCGGAGCCGGUGAGUUUGGGGAGGUGUGCAGCGGUCGCUUGAGAACACCAGGGAAGAAGGAGAUUGCUGUGGCGAUAAAGACACUGAAAGGUGGCUAUGUGGAGCGACAGAGGCGGGACUUCCUGCGCGAGGCGUCAAUCAUGGGCCAGUUUGACCACCCCAACAUCAUCAGGCUGGAGGGAGUGGUCACCAAAAGCAGGCCUGUGAUGAUUGUGGUGGAGUAUAUGGAAAAUGGAUCUCUGGAUUCAUUUCUGAGGCAACAUGACGGUCACUUCACUGUCAUCCAGUUGGUUGGCAUGUUGCGCGGCAUCGCCUCGGGCAUGAAGUACCUGUCAGACAUGGGCUACGUUCACCGCGACCUGGCGGCUCGAAACAUCCUGGUCAACAGUAAUCUGGUGUGUAAGGUCUCAGACUUUGGCCUUUCCCGAGUCCUGGAGGACGACCCGGAGGCUGCUUACACCACAACGGGUGGUAAGAUCCCCAUCCGAUGGACUGCCCCUGAGGCAAUCUCAUACAGGAAAUUCUCCUCGGCUAGUGACGCAUGGAGUUAUGGCAUCGUAAUGUGGGAAGUGAUGUCAUACGGGGAGCGGCCAUACUGGGAGAUGUCCAAUCAGGAUGUUAUUCUGUCUAUCGAAGAGGGCUACCGGCUGCCUGCUCCGAUGGGCUGCCCUGUGGUGCUGCAUCAGCUGAUGCUGCACUGCUGGCAGAAGGAGAGGAGUCAUCGGCCCAAAUUCACAGAUGUUGUUUCCUUCUUGGAUAAACUGAUUCGCAACCCAAGCAGCCUGCUGCCACUGGUAGAGGACAUUCAGAGUCUACCAGAGUCUCCGGGGGAGGAAAUGGACUACCCAAUGUUCAUCUCCAUCGGCGACUGGCUGGACUCCAUUAAGAUGAGUCAGUACAAGAGCAAUUUCAUGGCAGCAGGCUACAACACAUUGGAUUCUGUGGCGAGAAUGAGUAUUGAAGAUGUGAGGCGUAUUGGGGUGGAGCUGAUCGGCCACCAGAGGCGAAUCAUCAGCAGCGUACAGACCCUCCGCCUUCAGCUGCUGCACGAACAGGAGAAGGGUUUCCAUGUAUGAGGACACCCUUUAAUACUACCUGGAAUAAACAGAUAGACGGACCAGAUGGAAGUGAAGUCUAGACCGUUGGACUGACAGUCUACAGCCUGUGGAUGAGUCUCAACCCCUCAUGCAGGAGGUCCCGGGACAGACCACCACAGCAGAUUGUCCCCCCCGGUCUCCCUCACAUCCGGUAGUAACAGACUUUUUUCCUACUUAUACACCCCUUACCCAAUAUACCUGGUUCUGCCAGACUAUUACAGCCUGAUAGACUUUAAAGACUGGCCCAGGCCCUCACUUAGGGGAAUGUAAUGCCUUGUUGCAGCAGCAGUACUUUGUGUGUGGAGCAACAAUAUCUAGACAUGUAGAUUUGCAAAUGUAAUCUACUGAAUCUUUCGAUUCUUAUUUUUUUUCCAGUCGUUCUUUUCUCGCUCUGAGUUAUGUGCUCAUGUAGCUGCUAUCAGGUGUGCAAUUGAAAAGUUUUGUCUUUUGAAAAAAAGUAUCCUCCAUGGUUCUAAUUUUGGAAUUUGAUAAUUUAUCAUGAUGGUUUUAUUUGCAUUGCUUUACUUUACCCUCUCUCCAGAGAAUCUGGUAUGCUAAUACUUGAAGAAAGAAAGUCAUGGAGAUUUCUUGAAUGUUUAAAAGUGUAUAGACAAUUACUCGAUAAUUAUUAUCAUAGCCCAGUAUCUAUAUAUGUGCAGUCCUGUAUGUGAAAGCCCUAGAAAAUCUGGAUCUUAUUUAAGAUGUUUUAUUUAUUUAAGAAUUUUAUCCAAAAUCAGCAAUACAAUAUUAUGCAGUCACCUCAGUAUCUCAGAGAGACAAAGAAAGACGAAGAAUCGUGCAAUGACGGACCUCUCAUUGACGCACAAACGUGAGGCUCACACAACACCAUCCACCGGUUUUCUUUACCGUUACAUGCUAAGCUUGCAGAACCGGAGCAGCUGCCUUCAUAUGAAUAACCAUACAAGUCUGUUCUGACAGUUUUUAGCAACAAGUGGACUCACAGUUGUGUGAUAAGCCUGAAUUUUUUUUUCUUUUUUGGAUUGUGAAUGUUAAACAUUGCCUGAAAUUACACAAUCUCCACUGUCUUAACAUAUGAAUGUUCACUAAAGUUAGCUAUAGAUAGGAGAUGUUUGACAUUGUCUGGAAACUUAACAUGGACUUCUAUGGUUCUUCAAAAUUAACUGUCUUAUACACUCAUUGUUUCUUCUUUUAUUUUGCCUGUAGACACAAUACACACCAACACGGGCAGUGGUUUGCACUUACGGGACAAAUUUCAUCCAAGAUGUCAGAUUAGAAUAAACCUUCCGAUGGUGCAAAGCUUACUGGACGGAUUUCACAAAGUAAUUCUAUUCCAGUUUGUUCGUAGGUUGUGGUCAUGUAACGGUUGUGGCAUAUGUGGCAGUAUGGGAAACUAGUGUACAUAAAUGUAGUCUGAAAUGAAAAACUUUUGGAUCUGCAGUAGAUGGUGUCAAGUCGUCAGGUGUUUACCAUUGAAAUCAACAUUUUUCCUUCAUUCUCUAAGUCAGUGGUGAAUAGGCAGCACUGCAGAAUAUAUCUAGCUAGUUGAGUUGGAGAGGAAGGUAAAGCACGGCAGGUGGAAUCCGGCGAGAAAAGGCAGUAGUCUGAUCAGCACAGAGAGAGUAAAUAACUUUCAGGAAGGCAGAAAGAGAGAGAGAGAGAGAACAAACAUAAACAGCAGCAUCAUAACUCAUCGUGUGUCAUCAACAGGAACAAAAUGCAUACACACACACAGACACUGACACCCACACACACACACACACACACACAGAAUGCCUUACAGUCUGUUAACCAUGCAGGACAGAAACACUUUAGAGUAGUCCAUAAGUUUCAGUGCAGUCACAGGACCUAGCCAUUAGUUUGAGUUGUAUUCCGUAGUCGAGACUGCGACCUGCCCCUUUGCAGCUGUGAUUCUUCUUACAAACUGGGCCUCAGAGAUUCAUGUCGAAGGCAAACUGGAUCUAGAGAUCUGUGCCUUUCGGUCACAGCCUAAUUAUGCAUCCAGGCCUUCGGGAGUAAGAAAGAUGCAUGCACACAUACACACACACACACACACACAUAUACAUUGGCGCCACACACACACUCUUAUGAUCACACACACACACACACACACACGCUCUCACAGUCACCACCCCUCUACAGAGUAUGGAGAAUAUCAGAUGCUGUUUGUUUAGCAUGUUCUACUGCUGAGCAAUGUUAGGACGUUCUUUUGUACAAAGUACAAGUAUACUUAUAAUUCUUGUAUUUUAUUUUUCUAUAAUUUCCAAAGAGAUGUUGUAGAUCUUGCACACUGUAAGAGGCAGUUACAGCGAAUAUUUAUUUGCAAAUAAAGAUGAACAGUUCUG